AUGCUCACCAGGCGCAGACUCGAACUUACCAUAUUUGCCUUCUCUUUGGAAGUCCUUGACUGCGUUCUGAUGCGGCCCGUCUCGAUAUGCCUGGAUGAUGUGAUUGAUAUGUCGAUAGCCCUCUUGCUUGAGACAACCGGUUCCAGCGCCUCCGACAGCUCUGGACGCCUUGAAAGCUCCGCUGCCUGGGCCGAAAUGGCGUCGAAAGCCCCCGUUGCUGCCGCAAUUCUGGCCGCAGUGUUGCUGGGCCGAGCCAGCCUCAGUCUGACAUGGACGCACCAUACAGAGAAUGGCACUGACCAAAACUGCCGCCAGAAAUGCCGAGACUGCCGAGAGGAUGAUGACAAUGAGGAUGUUCCGUGGCUCCAGUCCGCCUCCUCCCGACAGGCCGGCCUCUUGACCGAAGCCGGAAACCAUGUGCGUCUGUUCGGUGAGCCAGUCGCCACGAGCCGGAUCACCGUCCAAGACGAGUGUAAUCAGCUGUUGCGUUGA